GCUCUACAAAUCUAUUAGUUAUAACACAACACAGUUCGCUCUGAUUGACUUCGAAUUCUUAAUGAAAAUCAGAGAACUAAUCCACAAUGCCGCUUUCCAAGCCCUAACUUACUUCUACUGCAAAUCAUCACAAUGCCAUCUCGCCCGCAGUUCUUUCAUCUUCCCAAUUCUGUAUCCUGUCGUAUACUCGACCGCUUCAGUGACCUUCCCGACGAUGCGGAAGUCGAAGAAGAUGAGAAUGGCAAAAUACCAUUUUGGCCGCUCUUGAAGCACCUUCUCUGCACGCCUGUGUCAAGUAUCGCGCAGCUGAUUGAUCGGCUACAAACAAUUGCCGCCAACGCAGAGACAUGUCAUGAUAGUGACUAUGGCUUUCUGAAACAGCUCCUUGAACAGCGAGGCGAAGCUGCUAUACUUGAUACUAUUUGGCCAAAGAUUCACGAUAUUGCACUCGCGUUGCCUAUCUACUUUCCUGAUGGAAAGCUUGAGCUGCUUCAGCCGGGACAUCCGCUGCAUCUAAGUCGUGGGCAAGUUGCUUGUCUUGUGGCACAUCAAUUCCUCUGCUCAUUCACACCUCAAAGGGACGACGAUGGAUAUCAAGACCUCGGCAUAUUGUUCUCAUCCGAGCAACGGCAUCCUACCGCAGUCCAGAUGUACCUGGAAGCUUUGUUUACUUACUUUGAGAGUAUACCUGAAGCCAGAGCUCUUUUGGAAGACCAUCAAGUUGCGCCCAAAACGGCUCACGGUUCUGUCUCAUACCAACUUCAUCUAGGAAAGCCAGUCUCACUAGAGGCUGUGAAGUUAGCAAAGCUACAGGUGAACUUCCUGGACGCUCACACAUCAAAUACACAUAAUCCAGAAGUUCAAGGUGAAGGAGGAGCAGCUGUUGUAUCAUCCAACAAGGUCAUCGGGUUUGGUCAAUCCGCCACACAAGAAGAAAUCUUUGUCGGGAUUGCUCCUGAAGCCUAUCCCGUGGUCCUGGUUGCGCCUCGUCUCACAGACGACACAGUCAUCACUGUUUCUGGAGCGAGAGCGAUGGUUGAUAUGAAAGGUCAAAGGCGUAACAUUGAAUGGACGAUACAUCCUACGCCGCCAUCAGAAGACUUCGGAGAAUGGAAGAAAUCAUGGAGGGGAGGACGUCUUGUCUUCAUGGACGCUUUGGAGAUGGACAUGCUUGAACACUCAGAAGACACUGGGUUGCCCGACUUAUCUCGUGAGAACAUUGAUCGCGAAAUCAACAAAUCAGCAAAUGGGUUUUCAUCCUACAAAGGAAAUUCCGUCUUCACUGGGCUCUGGGGCUGUGGCGCCUUCGGAGGUGACCCAGGGGUGAAGCUCCUGAUACUAUGUCUCGCAGCAGGGGCAACAGAUGUUGAGUUGAAUCUAAUGCUUGGACCCGGAGAACAUGACCUGGGAAGGAAACUGGAAGAGGUAGUCAGGGUUUGCCAAGAUUUGACCGCAGCUGACGUGCGUGAGCUGCUAUCAAAAGUUCCUCGAGACUUAAGAGGUGGAGGAAUUUUGGGAUGGGUUGCGAACGAGGCUUCAGGGGCUCAGCAUGACACAUGCUGAGGGUCAGGAAUCAUGACCUUGCCAGCCAAGUCUUAGAAGGAAUACUCCGUAAGCUCAUUAGAAAUCUUACAAUCAGGACCGAACUGAACCCCUUGGUGGACUGUUACCUGAAGCACUUGAGGAAUCCCGAGUAUAUCGGUUUUUUGGGAGAAGUCCGGAAUAUUGUUGGCUUUUAUGGAAACUCAUGUUGCUAUAAUUGUAUGUUGCUGAGGAAAAACAAAGAAGAAGAAAAAACCUAUGAGUAUGCAAAUGAUGCCUAACAGGAAAACACUUUGUGACGAGAGGACCGUAGGAUGGAUGGCCCGAGUAUAACCUUAAAAUAUGCAUCAUAGGCCCCAUGCAGAAAGCUUCCUUCACUGAGUGCGAGACUAGUUUCUAAUUUAGGUAUGCGUAAA